AUGAGCCAGAACCGGCCAUCGGCCUUCUCGUCACUCAGAAUGGGCGAAGUCAUCCGCGAGAAGGUCCAGGACGGCCUGACAGGCGACUACAAGGACCUAGCCUACACGCAGUGCAAGAUUGUCGGAAAUGGGUCCUUUGGCGUCGUCUUCCAGACAAAGCUGUCGCCUAGCGGCGAGGAUGCGGCUAUCAAGCGCGUGCUACAGGACAAGCGUUUCAAGAACCGUGAACUGCAGAUCAUGCGCAUCGUCCGACACCCCAACAUUGUCGAACUCAAGGCUUUCUUCUACAACAAUGGCGAGCGGCCACAGAAGGACGAGGUGUACCUGAAUCUCGUGCUUGAAUUCGUUCCCGAGACCGUGUACCGUGCCUCGCGCUACUUCAACAAGAUGAAGACAGUCAUGCCUAUUCUUGAGGUCAAGCUCUACAUCUACCAGCUGUUCCGCUCGCUCGCCUACAUCCACUCGCAAGGCAUUUGCCACAGGGACAUCAAGCCUCAGAACCUUCUGCUUGAUCCGUCUACCGGUGUGUUGAAGUUGUGCGAUUUUGGAAGCGCAAAGAUCCUGGUUGAAAACGAGCCCAACGUGUCGUACAUCUGCUCCAGGUACUACCGAGCACCUGAGCUCAUCUUCGGAGCCACCAAUUACACCACCAAAAUUGAUGUCUGGUCAACUGGCUGCGUGAUGGCGGAGCUCAUGCUCGGUCAACCUCUGUUCCCUGGCGAGUCGGGUAUCGACCAACUUGUUGAGAUUAUCAAAGUCCUCGGAACACCUACGCGUGACCAGAUCCGUACAAUGAACCCCAACUACAUGGAGCACAAGUUCCCUCAAAUCAAGCCGCAUCCGUUCAAUAAGGUGUUCCGGAAGGCUGAUCCCAAUGCAAUCGAUUUGAUCUCCAAGUUGCUCGAGUACACACCGACCCAGCGUCUGUCGGCCAUUGACGCCAUGGUGCACCCCUUCUUCGACGAGUUGAGGGAUCCCACCACGCGUCUGCCAGAUUCACGUCAUCCCAACGGAGCUGUGCGAGAAAUGCCAGUGCUUUACAACUUCACCCAUCACGAACUCUCAAUUGCGCCUCAUCUCAACCAGCAGCUUGUACCCCAACACAUUCGUGCUGAUUUGGCUGCCCGCGGUUUGGACUUUGAGUCGCCUAACUUCAAGCCGUUAAUAAGGGACCAAAUGCUGGCAAGGCUAGAUUAA